GGUCAGAGAAUUUUCGUCUUCGAGAGGAAAAAAUAAAUACGCUAACUAACUUCGAAUUUGUCAAUUCUACUUCGAGCACAAGAAAACGAAACGAACGGUGAUUUUGAGUAAAAAAGAUUGUAAGAGUUGAUCUUGUUAUAACUGUGAAAAAGUUAAAUUGAUUGUGAAGAAACAGAGAGAGAGAGAGAGAUAUGGUAGCAGAAGCAGAGGUUGUGUUUCAACAGAGUUUACCGGUGGUUCUAGAUAUUGAUGGAGUUUCUUCCGCCGCCGUCGUAUCUCCACUUUCAUCUCCUAAAUUGGGUAUCCGUCGAUCUACAACGACGGUUUCCGGCGGUUUAUCGACUUCUCCGGUGGAGGAUAAUUGCGAUUCUAGUGUCCCGGUUUAUGUUCCAACCAUCCGGUCUGGAAGCUAUGCUGAUAUAGGGCCAAAGAGAUCCAUGGAAGACGAACACAUCUGCGUAGAUGAUCUAUCUUCCCAACUUGGGUGUCUAUUCGAAUUGCCAAAGCCUAGUGCUUUCUAUGCGGUUUUUGAUGGUCAUGGAGGAUCAGAAGCAGCAACAUACGUACGUCAAAACGCCAUCAGGCUUGUAUUUGAAGAUGAUAACUUCCCACAGACAUCUGAAGUGAACAGUGUUUAUAUUGAAGACGUCAAGAGUUCGUUAAGAAACGCGUUUCUACAAGCGGAUCUAGCUUUGGCUGAGGAUUGCACCAUCAGCUCUUCCUCUGGUACCACGGCUCUUGCAGCUCUUAUCUCCGGAAGGCUCUUAGUGGUUGCAAACGCUGGAGACUGUAGAGCAGUUCUUUGCAGAAAGGGCAAAGCUAUAGAGAUGUCUCAUGACCAUAGACCGAUCAAUCUACCUGAGAGAAGAAGAGUAGAAGAAUCUGGAGGUGUUAUUGAAGACGGUUACUUAAACGGAGAGAUAUCUGUAACAAGAGCUCUCGGUGACUGGGACAUGAAACGUCCACACGGCUCUAAAUCUCCACUUAUUUCAGAACCUGAGAUCAAGCAGAUAACACUAACCGAGGAAGACGAGUUUCUUGUGAUAGGGUGUGAUGGCAUUUGGGAUGUUUUGACGAGCCAAGAAGCGGUUAGUAUUGUAAAGCGUGGCUUAAACCGGCAUGGUGAUCCCACGAGAUGUGCGAGAGAGCUUGUGAUGGAGGCUCUGAGGCUGAACACGUUUGAUAACUUAACAGCGGUUGUGGUGUGUUUUGUGACGGUAGACCGAGAGGAUGAGGCAGUGGUCUCGUUGGAGAAGAAACGGUGUUGUAGCCUUACGCCUGAGGCUUUUCGUAGCUUGAGGAGUCUGUUGGAUGGUUGAUACUGUUGUGAACCUGAUGAUGACGAAACAUAUAAUCUCUUGUCUUUAACGCGGCUUUUGUAUAUGACUUCAGAGUUUUAAGCAGCUGAGAGGAGAGACUUUAUUGAGAUAGAUUUGUGUAUAUAUAUUGAUGUGUGCUUGUGUGUUACUGUGAUUACAGUUUUGUGUAAAAACUAUUGAUUGUUGUGUGUAUAGUGAGAAGAAACCAACAAUUAUUUAUAUUUCAUGUACGAUUUAAUUAUUGAUUUAAUUAGGGGACUAACUCCUAUAAUUUUUUAUCUUUUAGGGAAAUGAAAACAUUUUGAAACAUUUUUUAUCUUCUAGAGAAAUGAAAACAUGUUAGGUUUCAAAGC